GUCAACUAUGGCUGGAGUUUGUGAAAAUGCGCUCCCCAUUAGUUUAAUUGGUUUGAAACAUUUCGACAGGUUGACGGUGUCCCGAAGUGGGUCAGUUUGAGUUAAUUAAUCGUGCAUAAGCUGUCAACGACAUGUAAAUUGUUUCGGAACACAUUCUCGUACGAUUAUUGCCUUCUGGAUGUGUUCGGUGCAUCAGCUGUGAUACCUGUUGCUUAUUUUUAUCUAGUCAUAACAAUCAUCUUUAUUAUUUCAAACUUUGAUAUUGGAGCAGCUUUGCAAGGAUGAAUCUGACCCUGAAUACUGAUAUCGAGAGGGUCAGAGGUAUUUACAAUGGUCGUUGGGACGCAACGGAACACAUGAUUUCCUCCGAACAACAGGAUCUACCCAUUCCCAUGGACUCAGUGAAGGAUUCAGGGAGUGACAGCCACCCCCAACAAAUUGAUUUCGUUCUCGCUUACAUGGACAAUGGUAAUUUAACACAUGGACUGAGGAGAGAGGAGUUUGAGAACGAACUCAGAGAUCAAGGACUCCAAUUAGAAUACGAACAAAAUCGCCAACUGGUCUUCAUCAAGAUUCAUGCGCCAAAGGAAGUCUUGUGUAGAUUCUGCGAAAUAAUGAAACUAAAAAUGCCAAUAAAACCUCUGUCCAGUGAGGAACUAGAGGUCUCCGACAAGGAUAUCUUCGAAGAUGCCAAAUCGUGGUUCAUAAAUUUAUUCAAAUGCGCACAAUUGGAUCCCUCGAAAUUCCCCAAACGUGAGACGAGACUUUUAGCUGAAUUUUCGAGGGACAAGGAUUAUUUGUUUGACCUAGAGGAUGACAAUUUUUUUCCUACGAACGUUCGUGCAAUGAUUGUGGAUUUUAUUUUGGAGAGACAGUCUGAGGGAAUUCAGCGUCUAGUUGCCAAUGGUGUUUAUUCCGCAGCAUAUCCUCUGCAUGAUGGUAUGUUUCAACAAGCAGGAACCACUCGAGCAUUGCUAUACAAUGAAUGGGCUAGCACGAAGAAGUGGGUGAAGCUGCAACCACUGGACAAAAUUCAAGAGUAUUUUGGAGUCAAUGUUGCGCUCUACUUUGCUUGGCUGGGAUUCUACACUUAUAUGCUGAUACCAGCGAGUAUUGCAGGGCUAUUGUGCUUUUUCUAUGGCCUAAUAACUCUAAAUUCCAAUGAAAUAGGCAAAGACGCCUGCUCCCCCUGGGCAGACACGAUCAUAAUGUGUCCCCAGUGCGAUAGAAAUUGCGACUACUGGCGUCUGAACACCACCUGUAUCCUCACAAAAAUGACUCUCCUUUUUGACACCCCAGCAACAGUAAUUUUCGCAGUAUUCAUGUCCUUCUGGGCAGUCCUCUACCUGGAGCUCUGGCGUCGUAAGUCAGAGGAAUUGAACUAUCGCUGGGGGCUCGUAGGCUGGGACCAGGGGGCAGAGCACCCUCGGCCCCAGUAUCUCUCCAUGAUUCAGAAAGCAGAAAACUUGAAUUUCAAAGUGAAAAAUAAACUGAAUCCAGUGACUCGGGAGACAGAACCUCACGUCAGCUUCUGGAAAGUUCGAGUCCCUGCUACAAUGUUAAGUUUCUCUGUUGUCAUUCUACUGGUGCUUGUAGCCGUGGCUGCUGUCUUCGCUGUUGUCCUCUACAGGAUGUCCAUGAUAACAUCGAAUUCCUUGUUUGGAAGGGAAUUAGACAGCAAUCAGUACAAGACAUUUGCUCUUCCCAGUGUUGCUGCAGCGAUAAAUCUAGUUUGCAUUCUAGUUUUGAAUUAUUUUUACGACUGGCUUGCUGUCUACCUCACGGAGAUGGAGAUGCUGAGGACCCAGCAGGAGUUCGAUGACAGUUUAACUCUGAAAGUCUACGUCUUUCAAUUCGUCAAUUAUUACGCUUCAAUAUUCUACGUGGCAUUUUUAAAGGGAAAAUUCCCAGGGUAUCCAAAGAAAUACAACAGAAUUCUUGGAUUCAGACAGGAGGAAUGCUCUCCUGGAGGGUGCCUGAUGGAGCUGAGUAUUCAAUUGGCAAUUAUCAUGGUUGGGAAACAAGCUAUUGCCACUGCUUUGGAGAUGGUUUUGCCUAUUUUAUUGAAGUGGUGGGCAUUAUUCAGAAUCCACACAGGCUUGAAACAGAAAGAUCCGAUUCCAUCGAGGAGUCAAUGGAUCAGGGACUUUAAAUUGUUGGACUGGAGUCCUAGAGGACUCUACGAUGAGUAUCUGGAGAUGGUCAUUCAGUUCGGGUUCAUUACCAUUUUCGUCGUGGCUUUUCCACUUGCUCCACUCUUUGCACUGGCCAAUAAUGUUCUGGAGAUGAGAUUCGAUGCCACCAAGUUUUUGAGGCACUAUAGGAGACCUGUACCCAGGCGGGCGAGGGAUAUUGGCAUUUGGAAACAGAUUCUCGAUGCUUUAGCACGAAUUUCUGUUACGACUAAUGCAUUCAUCAUUGCAUUUUCCUCGAACCUGAUCCCUCGUUUCGUCUACAUGAGGACAGUGAGUCCAGAUCACUCAGACGUGGGUUUUCUAAAUCACAGUCUGGCAUAUUUCAAUACCGUAGAUUUUCAAGAGAAUACUGCACCCAUCCACAGUACCUUUGCCAACAUAUCAGAAUGCAGAUACUCGGAAUACAGAAAUCCCCCUGAUCAUCCGGAACAACCGUACAAAAGGCCAAGUUUGUACUGGCGCAUCCUAGCAGCGAGAUUUAUUUUCGUCGUAGUUUUUCAGAGUGUCGUUGGAUUAUUUACAAUGUCAGUGCAGUGGUGUUUAUCCGGUGUUCCCAGAAAGUUGAGAGAUCGCAUUAAAUGCGAGGCUUAUCUCACUGAAGAAAUAAUAAUAAAGCGUGAAGCUGAGAGAGCAAGGGAGAGGGCACGUCUGUUUGCCAAUGCAAGUUAUUUCGCCAAUACUGUUGGGGAUCAUUUGCGCAGACGAACAGCUAAUGGCCCUGAAUCAACGACAAUCUCUGACGAAAAAAAUUGUGCCUGAUUACUUUUUUCUUUCAAUCCGUUACAAACGUUACAUAAUGAGAAUAUUCUACGGAACAAUGAAGAAUCGAAUUUUUUACGGAA